AUGGGAAACGUAGUUAAGAGAGGCAGCGGGGAGCUGGCUGCCGACGGGGCCAGGUCGCUGCAGGGCUCACCUGGCGCGCUCCACAGCGAACUCUACGAAGCCAUAAUGAGCGAAGACUGCCCUGCCCUCCGGGCACUCCUACGAAGCCACCCCGUCAACCAGCCCCUGCCGGUUCUGGCCAGCCCCACCAGCUGCAGAGUCCUUCAGACCCAGCAGACGCAGCCCAUCACCCCUGUUCAUCUGGCGGCCGAGCACCGCAAGGCACACAGUUUGCACUGUUUAUUAGAACACGGCGCUGACCCGGAAGCAAGGGACGCCCGAGGCCUCACCACCCUCCACCUGAUGCUACUGCACUGGCCCAUCACCUCUACCGCGCGGACAAAGCCGGGGAACAGGAUCCAAAGGCUCCUGACGGACGUUCAGAAGGAAGCCAUGACGUGCCUCCGCAUUCUGUGCGAGCACGGCGCGCAGGUGAACGCCCAGGCGGGCGACGGCCACGGGCAUUCACCCCUCCACCUGGCCGUAAGAUACGCGACCUCUCCGGUUCUCUCCCUCUUAGCCCAAAGUGGCGCCCAGGUAAACGCGAUGAAUGAAUCCAGCAUGACGCCGCUUCACAUGGCUGCAGGUACACUGAAUGAGGAGAUGAUGGAAACACUCAUUGCCUGUGGAGCGGACGUCAACUGCGCUGUCCCUUCCACGGGGAACACAGCCCUUAAGCUGGCGGUGUGCACCGUGUCCAGCAAAGCGGGCCGAGUGCUGGCCGCGGGGCUGAGCUGCAUCCGCCUGCUGCUGAGCCACGGAGCCAAAGUCAAUGCCCAGGACCAAAACGGCCAAACGGCGCUCCACGAGGCGUGUUUAGCAGGCAGAGAGGCAGUAAUCAGUCUCCUGCUUGAAUUUGAAGCCAACAUUAACAUCUUAACAAGAAACGGGGAGUCUCCCAUACACAUGUACCUCCAUCGCAGUUCUAACCUAAAAGACAAGACGCUCCUUGCCAAGUUGCUUUACCGCUCUUACCCUUUGAGACUGACAAAUAACCAAGGACUUCUGCCUGCAGGAAUCACACUCCCAGAAUUCCACGCCUUAAGGGAAUCUCUAAUAAAGCUGUCUCAAAAACCCUUAUCCCUAGAGGACAUCUGUAAAAGAAGCAUCAGAAACAUUUACGGUGAGAGAUACAAACACUACGCGAAGCACCUUCUCCCGGGGAAGGUAUGGAGCACUGUGUACAGGUAUUAUGACCUGGCCUGCCUCUUGCAAUAA